AUGGCGCAAAAUGGUAAGGUCGAUGGUGCGCAAUCAGACGACACGGGUACGAUGGGCACCUCGGGUGCAGUCCGCACCGCUGAAUUGCCAAUCAUCGAAACUUACGACGAUUUCAUGAAAUGUCGUAUCACUGGCGAUAUGCCCGACGAGGAUCUCACUUGCAACCCAAGGUGGUUGAUUUUUAACUCACCCAAUGCUUACAAAAAACCAUGCUAUGGAGAUGUCACUGUUACUAAUCGAAAUCCAUACUCAGUAGCCUGGUGCUUCAAAUCUAAGGAAAAAAUGGUACGGAUUCCCCAGGCGUAUGGAAUUUUGAAAGGCGGCGAACAUAUGGAAGUGACGCUUUACUUGAUAUCAUCGGAUGACUGGCCUCGAGAUGUGAUCGAGUACACCGGUAGACGUCAUAGAAUUGUAGCAGAAUGCCUUAAAAUUCCGGAUUACAUUCGCCCGAAAAAUGAAUGGGAAGCCGCACGCAUUGCACGGGAAAUUUUUCAUUACUCGUCCAUGUUCAAUCCACUUCAACGUAUGUACACGAAGAUUAGCAUAGUUCUCGAAUGA